UUCACACACCGCUCCGCUAAAGAUGUGAAAAUGGCGGAGCUACAAAUGCUUCUGGAAGAGGAGAUUCCAGCAGGACGAAGCGCACUACUAGACAGUUUCACUAAUUUGGAAAGAGUCGCGGAGUACUGCGAGAGCAACUAUGUCCAGUCUCCAGAUAAGCAGAGGGCGCUGGAGGAGACCAAGAACUACACCACCCAGUCUCUGGCCAGCGUAGCCUACCUGAUCAACACGCUGGCCAACAAUGUCCUGCAGAUGCUGGACAUCCAGGCCUCGCAGCUCCGCCGCAUGGAGUCCUCCAUCAACCACAUCUCACAGACGGUGGACAUCCACAAAGAGAAGGUAGCGCGGCGGGAGAUUGGCAUCCUCACCACCAACAAGAAUACAUCCCGCACACACAAGAUCAUCGCCCCAGCCAAUCCCGAGCGGCCUGUGCGCUACAUCCGCAAGCCCAUCGACUACAGCCUGUUAGAUGACAUGGGCCACGGAGUGAAGUGGUUGCAAAGGUUUAAGGCCAGCGCUCAGAACAUGAAGGCCGGAGGAGGCGGACUCCCUCGCACCAACCCCCCCACACAGAAGCCCCCCAGCCCGCCCAUGACAGGCAAAGGGACCCUUGGGCGCCACUCCCCCUAUAGGACGCUUGAGCCGGUGCGUCCACCCGUUGUCCCUAACGACUACGUCUCGAGCCCGACGCGCAACAUGGCGCACCCCCAGCAGAGCCCUGCACGCACUGCAUCCGUUAAUCAGAGGAACCGCACGUACAGCAGUGGGAGCAGCGGAGGCAGCCACCCCAGCAGCAGUCGCAGCAGCAGCCGAGAGAACAGUGGCAGCGGCAGCGUGGGCGUUCCCAUCGCUGUGCCGACCCCAGCCCCGCCCACCGCCUUCCCAGGUUCAGUCCCUGCCCCAUCCAACCCAGCUAAACCUCCCUCCAACUCCGCCACCUCUGCCACUACCCCUGGCCCACCCACCUCUGCCCUAGACAGCCCCCCACAGGCCCUCAAUCCCCCUGUAGAGAUCCCGCCUGUACCCCCACCCCUUCCCCAGCUCCCGGCCUCUGCGGCCCCCACUGGCACAGGCCCCGCUACUUACGGCAACCCCGCACAAGGUGCUCCUCAGUUCUACAGCAUGAACCGCCCUGUGCAGCAGCCCCAAAACCCGCAGGUGGGAGGCUCCCUGCCGUACCGCCGACCCUCGUCUGUCACCGGGCAGCCCAACAUGGCCCACAACCAGAACCAGCUCAACGGUGGACCACACUUCGCCCAGAACCAAGCAGGCCCGCUUGCGCCCCCUCCCCCCUCCAUGCAGAUCACCCCUCAGCUGCCUCUGAUGGGCUUUGUGGCCCGAGUUCAGGAGACUAUCUCAGACGUGCCGCCCCCACCUCCGCCUGCCGACGAGCCGGUGUUUGAGGAGCCUACACCUCCUCCUCCACCACCAGAGGACUAUGAGGAUGAUGAGGAUGAAGAGGAGUCUGCAGUGGUGGAAUACAGUGACCCCUAUGCUGAGGAGGACCCACCCUGGGCCCCACGCACCUACCUGGAGAAAGUGGUGGCCAUCUACGACUACACUCGCGACAAAGAAGACGAGCUUUCGUUCCAGGAGGGCGCCAUCAUCUAUGUGAUAAAGAAGAACGACGACGGCUGGUUCGAGGGCGUGAUGAACGGGACCACGGGCCUGUUCCCAGGCAACUAUGUCGAGUCCAUCAUGCACUACGCCGACUGAACAAUCCCCCCCACCCCACCCCUCUGAGCGGAAGAGGAAGAGGAGCGGGAGGAGCGUUUGAUGGGGAAGGGGGAGGGAGGGGAGCCAAGAGUUUAAGGUCAAAGACUUUGAUCAGACAGAGUAUGAUCACCUCCGGGCGAGGAGAGAAAAGAGGCAGGGGGAAAAGGAAGCAGUUUUUAAAGAAUUUGCAAUGUGACAAACUGACGCCCAGUCAUUCUCUUGACAUAGUCGCCAUUGUAAAACAACCACUACUCUAGAUAUAUCCUUCCCUGUAAUAUUUCUUUCUUUGUUUCUUUAUUUGACUGAGGAGGACUGGACGGUGACAGUUAUUGUAUUUUGAGGUUUUUGUGUUACAUAAGGCCACUACAUUGAUUUUUUUGCCCUUGUUUUAAACCAUAUUUAUUUGGAUUUUGUAGUGGGAUAAAUGGUGAGCAGGUAGAUGAGGCUGCUGAGAGCAAUUUAGUCGGGAUUUCCACAUCGCAGCCUUGGAGAAAGGGCUGGAGGAGAAUGUCUUCAUGUGUAGAUUUUCUCUGUAACACUCCAGAGACAUUUUAGAGAAAAAUACACCUCUCUGUAUAUUAAGUAUAAUGCAACAACAAUAUCCUCAGUGGGAAAAAAAUAGUAGUUUCUGUACUUGACAAAAACUUUUAGUUGGGUACCUCAGCAGGGAGUGUGCCAAAGCUGACAUUUACUAAGAUAAGCACAUCAAAUGUCUUAAGGUGACACACACACUAAGCUAGAUAAAAGUGGGUCAGAAAAGACGUCUGAGAGCAAACAGAAAGUCCCCAGAGUGCUUUAAAUCCAGAUUAUUAUUAUUUUUUUCUUUUUCAAAGGUUAUUUAAUUAUCUGAAAUGUUUUGCGCCAGGCAAGUCCGAGGUUUAACUUGAAGGGGCGAGUUUAGUCACUACAUGCUUCACUUUGCUGGCCAGUGUGCAUCCAUCGUCCUUCAGCCCUCAAAUGAGAGAGGGAAGCGAGAGAUCCUUAUUUGCACAAUGACCUGGAUUUUGAAGUCUUACUCCUGCAGCUCCUGUCAUGAAUAAUAGAAGAAAUAUAUUAGAUCAGCUGGCGCACUAAUCGUUUGCGGUGUUCUUAUACAUUCGAGAUGAAGAUUUUUAUUUAUGUCUUUCUUUUUACGAUUAUUUUUGGCAUUUUACCAAGGGGUCCAGAAUUGAGUUUUGCUUGCAGAGCGGCAGACUGCAUGUUUCAACGAGGAAAAAAAAAAACCUUUCUUUUCUGCUCUACUGAUGAUUACUGUCUUAAUAUUUUUAGAUAUGGUGUGGUUUGGUUUUUGAUAUUCACCCACAGCAACAACGAUGCAUUUAGGUCAUUUCUAAGAUGCUUGUGCCAUAUUGAAGUGUGUGUUGCUGUUCAGAGGUUAUCACUUCAUUUGCAAUAAAUUGGCCAGAGUGGGGUGGACUGUCGUUGAACUACAAAUCUUUCUUUUCUUUUCUUUUUCAUCAAAUUUUCCCAAGUUAUUUUAAAUCAAAAGCACAUACAUUUGUAGUAAAAAGGUGUAGAAGAAGAAAUAAUAUAAAUGUGAGAUGUAUUAUGUCCUCAAAACAGGACUUAUGAAUAUGAAAAGAAGCCAGCUGUUGUGUUGAAAUGGUUUUAACCGUCGCAAGCCCCCGAUACUUCUUAACGGCGUCAGUUUAGGCAUCGUUCGUCCUCCGUACCGUUUCCAAUACGCUUGGCUGUCUGGUGUUUGCGAGGGCUCAGUGCUUGUACUUAUGUCAGAAUCUUUAUUUUCUAUUAAAAAAAAAAAAAAAAAGAAAAAAAGAAAUAAUAACAAGUGGGUCUGUAUGUGAGUCUUGCAUGCCAUUGUUCUUAUCUGUACUGGUGUCCCAAAAACCUACGUGGCGAGAUCACCCAUUCUUUAAAAGACAAGCAGCCCUGCAGCUCUGACCAGGUACCACCAGCCUCAUCCAAAGAGACUGUACAACUUUACUUCAAGCCCGCGUCCGAGGAGUCGCUCUCUGACCCCCCCCCCCCCAUUCAUUGCAUCAAUGGUGAAAAAUCCUGUUUGUAAGCUGCUAGUGAAUCCUGCGGACAAAGAAACCCGACAGGCGGGAGGGAGAUGAAUGAAUGAUGAUAAAUGUUAACACUAAAGAUGAAUUGCAAAGCUUGACUCUUGUUUUAUAACACUCAUAAGAUGACACUGAAAAAAAAAAAAAAAUCCCAAACAAGGCCCUUGUCCUGCAGGAUUCACAGCCCCUGGAGUCACAGACGUCCCUCUGGAUGUCAAGUUUAACAGUCCAUAAUGCCAUUGUGUUGCACAGUUAAAGUUGAAUUGCAGAAGUAUCAUAUUUGUAAUAUCAUGAGAACAAAGACAAUAAAAUUAUUAAGAUUUA